CGCUCUGUAUUGUUGAUUCGGUCCAUCGUUCUUUCAGCCCAAAGAAACGCGCAAUGGUUGCUUGACAAACGACGACCGCAGAUGAAGUACGUUGCUUUUCGGUUGUGGACAUCAUUCCUUAGCUUUCGGUGGUGUGGUCGUCGUAUUUUUCAGAGUCGUUUUGGCCUUCCGGUUCUUGAUUGUUUGCAGUGUCUGCUCGUGCGCCACCAUUCGUAUACAUCAACACAUACAGUGAACAAACCAUGUAGCGACAACUUAUCAGCGCAAUAUUUAGUACCCCUCCCCAUUGAAAAUUAUCACGUAGAUUUUCUAGUAGCGUAGUUGUAUUUACAUACUCACUCACUCUCUGUUUUGUUUAUUGCACCCCAGCCCAGCAUCGCAGCCACACUAUCGAUACGAACUUUUUUGACGUACGUUAACAUUUACGUUGCAGGGGUAAGCAGAAUCAGAAAGCCUAAACCAUACAUAAAAAGAUGCCCGAUCAAGAUUCCACCACCCCAGCAUCCUCCGGCACGACCAGCACUCACCAUAUGGAUGUGUCAGAGUUGAAAUCGACAAAGUUGAAAUAAUUUGUCAUGCAUAAAAUGGAUGCCAGUGACAAAUUUCGGUGGUCCCUGAAUCCAGUUUGUCAUGCUGUUUAGGCAAAGAAGAGCGAUUUUCUCAUGCUACUCUAGCAGCUCGAGCUGUAACCCCAAACAGGCUCACAAUCGGCCUCACUUGCCUGCUCUGCAACACACGUACCCCGGGUCAUGCACUUUAUGCAUUACAAAUUAUUUCAACUUUGAAGAUUUCAAACCUGACACAUCCAUACACCAGCACACGCACUCCCCGGAGUACCUGAAUAAGGUGAAAAAGGCCCUGCUGGCAGCCCGGGACGGGGAUGUGCAAACGUUGCGGGAAUACCUCGGCACCGAGGAGCAGUGGAAAACCGAGCAAUACUUGAUAUCAAAAGGAAAAAUCCCCCCUCCCCAUAGUACUCAAAGGGAGAUUUUUGUAGCAUGAUUUGUUUGUCAUGCUAGAAGGGAAGAGAUGCGGACUGUAGUGCUGGCUGGCGUAGGAAAGCCUUGCGUCUUCAGCAUGACAGGAAGAAACUGGAAACGGGAAACAGCAUGACAAAUUGCCUGCAAUCGAGGGAGCAACUGCGUUUCUUCGCCUUCUAGCAAUACAAGGCGAGGACUUGUGUAAGUCAAAUACAGCAGCACAAAUUUUGUCUUAGCUAUGGGGAGGGGGGAUUUUUCCUCGCAAUACUUAAACGACGACGAGUACCGGUCGUCCAGUUCGGAACUCUUGUCCCCGAAUGUGCGCGACAGCCGAUGGCGCACGCUGUUGAUGUACGCCUGCGGCUUCGGGCAGGCGGAGGUGGUGCACUUCUUACUGAAGAAUCCCUUCAUCCAAAUCAACGCGAGGGACGACUCCAACCUGACCGCCCUGCACCACUGCUGCCGCAAAAACAGCAAGAUGCGCGCCGCCGUGAAGCACGACAACGCCCAGGCAGAGUUGGUCACCGCGCUCCUGCAAUUCGGCGCCAUGGUAUGCAAAAUGAAAAAUGGGACAAUCAUGAUGUGCAGCACCUUGUUCAACGAGGUCACGAUCCACAUUUGUAUUGCGAAAGAAAGAGCAUGAGCAAAUUAUAAGGACAGAUUCAUAUACAGUAAGCGAGAUGUUGUUGGGUACUUGUCUUGUUGAGGAUGUCUUCGCAUUUAUUUGUAGCAUCGAAGCACCUGCUUCAUUAUCUGCCGCAUGACCACUACGAAAUUGAUGGCGCGUCAUCAUGAUUGUCGUGCCCGAACACUGCAUAGAGGAUUAACGCGGCUGAUUCGCACGGAGUGACCCCCCUGAUGGUGUCCGUUGACGUUGGGGACCGCAACAUUGCCCAGAAGCUGAUCAACUUCGUCCAAUCGCAGGAGCUGGACGAAAAAUCUUUUUUGGAAAACAAGGACUACGAGUCGCACAACGCGAUGGGCUAUGCGGAGUACCGGAAUGACAUGAAGAUGGGUACUAUUCACUGCAAAUAUGUCUGGGUCUGGAAGAAUGCAAACUUGUCGCGCGUAUUUUCCAUGCCCCAUGAGGUAUGCAAUCCAGGACCACCUAGCAUGACAGGUUCUGGCACGAAGUCUCUACUUAUCAUGUCUAUCCUGCAUGACAAACUGCCGCUAAACUUUUUCAAAAGUGGAGACACCUGUGGUAAUCAUGCAACAAAAAUUUUUCGUACUAUCCAGAGUUAGCAUGGCAAGUUCGCGUCCUUCCAGACCCAAACAUAUUUGCCAUGCAUAGGCGCCAUUCUGUACCACGCCGGCCUUGACGUGCCGCAGACGCCGUGGGGCCAGGAGCUCUGCGACUUCAUUGACGAGAGGGAUGGGGGUAUCCAAGAAAAAGGUGUGUAAGUGUAACUUUUUUGCAGGAACAGCAUCACAGAUUUGCUUUGCAUAACAGAGAAAACCUGUCAUGCGUAGCUAGUUGUACGCGAAAACACGUAUCAUGAAAAUAGCCUCUGAUGCACAUCCAGCAUGACAAGUGUGACUGUAUUGCAACGUCUGCAACACAAAGCUACACUUCUUUACACAGUUUUUUUCUUGCAUAGGGGGCUACUCGGUGUCAGAAGGAGAGGAAGUGGAGGACGCCGAAGAAGAGGAGUAUGAGAUUGAGGAGUACGAAGUGCCGGGCUCCCCGCGGUUCGGCGAGGACGGAGAGGAGGACGAGGAGGGCAUUAAUUUGUCCGAUAUGGUCCCCUAUCAAAUGCAAAACUUUCUGGGUCUGGGAGAUUGCGAGAUUUGUCAUGCUUGUCUGGCAUGACUCUGAGCUCUGUGUCGCACCAUGACCGCGAAGAGCUCCUCCUCCCUGUCAUGCAAAAACGCAGUUUCUCAUGCAUGAUGAUGAUGAUGAUGUUGAUGACGCAACUCAGAGCCAUGGAAAAAACUUGUCAUGCUUGGCAGCGCAUUAUAGAUAGUGAGUUCACUAUUCCCUUUCUUGCAUCACAAGUUUCCAGACCCAGAAAUUUUGGCAGUUGAUAUCCCCUGCGAACCGGACUUUGACGAGGAGGAUGAAGUUUUCGAAGACAACGACGGGCUCGCCCUGGUAUAUCCUGUGCAAAAGUAUCGUACUCGUACAAAUGCAAGUCUUGCAUUACAAAUCUUUUUUCCAAGGGAAAUCUGCAUUACAAAUUUUAUUUCUCAUGCUGACGAAAUUUGUAAUGCAUUUAUACGAGUACGAUACUUUUGCACAGGAUAUGGUAUGCAUCGGAACAAAAGCAUUGGCGCAACUACGUAGUGAAGUGCAGAUGAUCAAAUUUGCUCAGCACCACCAGCAUGACAAUUGGUAAUGCAGCUGAUUCAACAAGUAGAAGUAUCUAAAAGAAGGACGCUUAUCAUGGUGCAUAAUUCCAAUUUUACUACACUCGCAAACAACAAGAUGCUUUUCCCUAGCAUACCUGGACGCCGACGGUAACGUGCCAAAGAUCCCCUCGCUCGGCGGGGGUUCUACGUCGGGGGGAAAGAAGGCGACCUCGAAGAAGAAGGCGGGAACGACGACUUCUUCCGGUGCGAAGAAGACCGCAGGCACAACUAAGAAAACAAAAGCCCUGCCGAAGAAGAAAUCCGGGGCCAAGGCGCUUACAAGCACGACUGGCGAGGAUGGAUUAAACGCGAACGAUGAGGACGACCCGGAGGGCAAAGGCCCGGCAGAGCCGAAAUCCACGAAAACGGUGAAGAAGAAAAUUGUGAAGAAGGUCGCGCCGAAGAAGAAAGCGCCGAAAAGUGGCAGCAGUCUGAAAUCUUCCAACGGGUCCCUCGCUGCCGAGGAUGACAAAUCUUCCACUGAUGUGGACGAGGCGACGGCGGUGGCCAAGAAGACGAAAAUCAAGCCGAAGGGCGAAAAACCGUCCGUUCCGAAGUCGAAAUCCAAGGCCGCCGCCGCGAAAACCUCCAAGGGGAAGACCGCGGCGAGGCACUCCCGGAAGUCGCUGCGAGACCACGACGAUUUUGGGGACGACAUCGAAAUUUCUGCGGAGGACAACAGCAAAGAGGCGUUGGUCGAAAAACUGAAGCAGGCCUUGCUUUCGAACAACUUCGAAAAGAUUGAGCAGGCCCUCACCCACGCCAAGGCUGCGGCAGAACAGGAGAUCGAGAUCGAAAGCGACCCGGUGUACGUGGAGUGUCAAGAAAAGCUGAAAGAACUUCGGGAACUGCACGCGGCCAUCGACGAAGCUUGCCACGCCUGUGACGACUUCGAGCACGAUACGGGUGCUGGGUCGUCCGCUGAGAAUAUCGAAUGCAAAUAUCCCUGGACGUCUGGAAGGUUGCAACUUGUGAUGCUGUUGCUGUCUUUCGAUUCGAAGAAAACCUGUAUUGCAUGACCAGGAAGAGAAGUCCCGGUAGUGCUACGCGGAGAGGGCAUUUCUCAUGCGAAAUACGUAUCAGGAAGCCCUCUGAAAAUCUGUAAUGCUAGGUCAUGCAUUGCAGGCAUCAUCGGUCAUGCAAAAUAUGCAUGACAUCUUCCAGACCCUUUUACUUUUUAUUUUGGUUCCCUCGGUGCUGAGACAGGGAGUUUGCACAGAGUUAUUUCUACCUAGAUAACAACCUACUCACGUCGCAGCCGUCCCAGGAGUUUCGGUUGUUGUCUCUCGGUAGAAAUCACGCUGUUCAAAAUUUCUGUUUUGGAGUUUACCGGGUACGCGGUUAAGAGUUUGUCGACGUAAUUUACAAAGGGACGCCCUGCCCUUAGUUUCCCAGCAUGACAUCUUCCAGACCCAGACAUAUUUGCAGUGGAUAGAGAAUCUGAAAUCACUGUUCCAGAAGUUCGAACAAGUGGUGCGGAAAGCGGAAAAUUUGAAAGCGUUCGACCUGGUGCAACAGGCUACGGGUUAUCCUGUGCAAAAGUAUCGUACUCGUAUUGCAGUCAUGCAUUACAAACCUUGUUCUUAAGGGAAAUUCGCAUUACAAAUUUUAUCUCUCAUGUUGAGGAAAUUUGUAAUGCAUUUAUACGAGUACGAUACUUUUGCAAUUCAUACGGGUGGAGGUACAACAACUUCGCCCUCCUCCUCCCAGGGCGGAACGGCGAACGCGAUGAAGCACGUGAAAGAGGUGUACGACCAGGCGAAGGCCCGGAUGGCGAAGCGCGCGAAACUGGAGGAGCUGUGUGCGCAAGCGAAGUAUCCUGUGCAAAAGUAUCGUACUCGUAUUGCAGUCAUGCAUUACAAAUCCUUUUCUUAAGGUUAAUCCGCAUUACAGAUUUUAUCUCUCAUGCUGAGGAAAUUUGUAAUGCAUUUAUACGAGUACGAUACUUUUGCAGUUCAUACGAAGGUGCAGGAGCUGCAGCAGGAAGUAGAGAAAUUGGAGAAGGAGGAUCCGGAUAAACGGGAAUUUCUGGACAAAAUUGACGCGUUUCAGAACAUAUGCUUUGCAAAAGAUGUAUCGCACACGCACGCGUAUAAUUAAGGCUCAAAAAAAUCCAUCCGCUCAACGGCUCCCAAAAUGUUUGAAGCCUGGCCAGAAAAAAGGCAUCUGCGCAAGAAGACACGAGCAGCAGUUUGUGACGCUCGGCUCCGUGAGCGCGUUCGCGCUGCAAAGUAGCGAUUUGAUUUUUUGAACCUUUUUGCGGACCUUCAUUUGUGAUCGUGCGCCUUUCGGGGCGGAAAAGGAGCUGGGAGCGUUUUAUCAUCGUUUCCCGCUCUUUCGCAACACUCUGUGACUUGCAGAGCUUGCAAAUUUCUUUCAAACUUCAGUUGAAGUUCAAAUUUGACUUGAAGCUUUAAGUCAAAUUUGAGCUUCAGCUGAAGUUUGAAAGAAUUGAACUAGUCCCACAAGUGGGUCCAACAAACAAAUUUCCAAUAGGAUUCGGCGUUUUCCGGACUUCUGUCGGACACCGCUGAAGGAGUAGAGCAAACAAAUUUGCGCAGAAAAUUGAAUACCUGCAAAUGUACGCGAAACGGUGAAAGGUAGGAAAAGGCUGUCAAAAUGGUCGCAGCUCGUGUUUUUUGAUGCUCGACGGGGGGCGCUUUACAAACUACAGCCACAGCAUCGGCGACGGCAUGCAAAGUGAAGCUGUGAUAUGAGUACGGUCUCGCCAACCGCAUUGCAACAGCUCGCGCACACAGAUCGCGCAAAGUGCUUGGCUUUGCUCCUCGAAUGCGAAGCGGGGCCCUAUCGACUUUUCAUCCCUUGCAAGAAUUACUUCAGCAAACAUUUUGGGAACCGGGCUCGGAAUGGAUUUUUUUCACCCCUAAUAUAAAUGCAUUACAAAUUUCCUCAGCAUGAUGAGAAAUGAAGUUUGUAAUGCGGAAUUACCUGCUUAGGUAGGAACAGGGAUUUGUAAUGCAUGAUUGCAAUACGAGUGGGAGUGCGAUACUUUUGCACAGGAUAGAACAAACAGAAGGCAGAGAGCAUGUUGAAUCUCGUGCUGCAGACGAAGCCGCUGAACAUUGAAAAAUUGAAAUCAGCCAUUGCCGGGUUGAAACUCUGUGGGGGCGAUGUCAGUCAGGCGGAGCAGCUACUGAAGGUCGAGGAGCCGAAGCAGCUUGCACUGGACGCGCUGGAGGAAAAGUUGCACGCAGCGACGGUGAGUUUCGACGAAGUUACGAAAGCGUUUACGGGUUGCAAAAAACUGAACAUUCUGAUGGACGAACCGCGGAAAGUGAUGGAAAAGGCUAAUUUGUGGAUCGAGAAGGAUAUGAUCCGGAAAAAAAAGUGUCGGACUUCUGUUGGUAGUGCAAAUUGCAAUUGGGAGCAGGUCACAAGAUUUUGUAGUUGACAAGGGUGAAUAUGCAUGUGCUGCAGCCGGUGCCUGAUUUGGCAUAUACAGCAAACUCUUGCAGCAAUAGCACCAGACAAAUUUGUAAAGUGCAGUUCAUGAUGAUGAUGCGAGCAGAAGAGCGAUAUUACCUUUGUGAUGCAUAAUGGAGAAGGAGAAGCAGAAAUUGUUGGAGGAAGUGAAACUUGUGAUGGACAAAACGAAAGAUUUCGUAUCAAUUCGCAAACAUGUCGUCCGGUUCUGGAAAGAACAUUACAUGCGAUUUUUCAUGCGGAAUCGCAAUUCGCAUCGCAUAGCACCUGCACCGGUUCCAAAAAACUGUCAUGCUUGGUUACCUCUCGUAGAAGCUCUCUCAGCAUUCAGAUUUACAGAUUUUUCGCAUGACAAGUUUAUUUUUCUAGAGCCGGAGGAGCUGUUUGCGAUUCAUACGCUGAAAAAAUCGACGAUUUGGAGCAAGACGGGGAAAAGUUGAAGCAGUGGGAUAUGGUGUGCUCAUCGGGUACAAUCUCAACUGAAAUUAAGUGAUUUGUGAUGCAAGUUGUGGAUCAUCUGCAUGGCUGCGUCUCUCUGUCACGCCUGUGCUAUCAUGGAGCCUAGCAUGACAAAUAUCAGAAUCCGACACUCGUCGUCAAACAACCAAACCGCUCCAUUAUUUUUUCCAAAGCUUCUCGUGCAAAGCGGGAGCGACAGGUAGUAGACUGUGCUCUACUCUUACUUGCCGUUUCUGUAAGGCAACAAAUCUGGCCUUAUUUAUAUCUGCUGCAAUUACUACACUGCUCCACCUCCACUUGAGAAAUGGUCAGUAGAUCGUUCCAGCUGAGGCUUCCAUAGAGGAAAAAGAGUGCCAGCAGACCUUCAAAUUUGCCCGACUCGCGGGUGUGCUGGAGGCUGAUUUGGCGAGUUUGGAAAUCCGCAAGAAAAAACUCCACAACCACGUGGAGGACCUGAAAGGCUCCAUCCGGGUCUUUGUCCGCGUGCGCCCCUUCAACGAAAGGGAAGCGGACCUCGGGGACCACAACGCGGUAGCUAAAAUCGACUCUCAGACGCUCUCAGUCGAAGAGCACCCCAACAACCCAGACGGGCCGAAGAAGGAAUUCAUGUUUGACGCCGCGCACUUUCCGGGAUCGCAGGCGCAGAUUUUCGAAGACACGAAGGACUUGGUCCAGUCCGCCUUCGACGGAUAUGCAUUGCAAAUAUGUCUGCAGCUGGAAGACUGCAACUUGUGAUGCUGUCUCUGGAUUCUAAAAAAAUCUGUAUUGCAUGACCAGCAAAAGGAGUCCAGUUUGUGCUACGCGGAGAGUGCAUCUGUAAUACGGAAUACGCAUCAGAAAGCCCUCUCAAAAUCUGUGAUGCUAGGCCAUGCAUUACAGGCAUCGCGGGUCAUGUUGUAAAAUAUGCAUGACAAACCUAGCAAUCUUCCAGGAGAUCCAGACAUGUUUACAUUUGAUAACGGAUACAAUGUAACCAUCUUCGCCUACGGGCAAACCGGUGCGGGGAAGACGUACACCAUGACGGGGAAAAAGGGCGACGAGGGCGUGGUGCCCCGGAGCUGCGUCGAGGUCUUCGACAUUGUGGAGCGAGACAAAGAGCGUUUUACGUUCACGAUUUCCCUGCACAUGAUCGAACUCUACUGCGCGAAGUUUACGGAUUAUCACAAGAAAAAAUUGUUCCACUGUAAACUUGUAAUGCAGAAAAUGUAUCUGAGAAGUAUUUCUAUUUGUCUUGCCACACAUGCAAGACAGUGGAUUUUCACCUGUGUUUUCCCUUAGGAAUCUCGCAUGGGAAAUUUCCUCUGUGAUGUAGAGCAAGCUUGUGAUGCAAAACUUGCAAAAUCCUUACAGUGAAGCACUUUUUUCGUACGAUACGGAUUUGCUGGCGAAGUCCGUGCAGGCGGGGAACCAGGCCUCCGUGAAAACGCCGGAGAUUAAGGUGCGGAGGGAGAAUAUGGUAUAGAAAAAAGUGUUACAGUCACACAUUUGAUGUAGUGAAUUCAGCAUCACAGCCUUGCCUCGCAUGACAGAGAAAACUUGCAAUGCAGAGAUCACAAGGGAAAACACGUAUUAAAUGUAAAUGUAAAUGAGGCUCGAAAGCAUUUUGCGCAUGACAGAGCUCGUCUCUGUUGCAUGGUCUGCAACACAAUGCGUAACUGUAACACUUUUUUCUUUGCGAUAGAGAAGGACGGCUCCGUGCAGGUGGAGAACGCGGUGGAGCGGCAGGUGGAGUCCGCAAAACAGUAUGGAGUGCAAAUAUGUCUGGGUCUGGAAGGAUGCAAGAUUUGUCACGCAGGUUUUCCAUGACCCAUGAGGUCUGGAAUGCAGCGCCUAGCAUGACAAAUUUACUUGGGAGAUCUCUAUAAUGCCUAUUCUGCAUGAGAGAUUGUUCCCUCCCAAGUUGGUAAAAAACGACGGCUUUUGGUAAUCGUGCAACACAGAUUGUUUGCAUGAUUCAGAUUUAGCAUGACAAGUUGCAACCUUCCAGACGACCCAGACAUAUUUGCAUUUGAUAAACAGAUGGAAAAAGCCAUCGAGGAGGGUUUUGAUUUGCGGUCCGUCGCGGCCACGGCCAUGAAUAGCGAAUCCUCGCGGUCGCAUCUGAUCACGAUAGUGAAGCUGACCUCCAUCAACAAGCAAACGAAAGCAAAAACGGUGGGAAAGUUGUUGAUGUGCGAUUUGGCGGGGUGUGAGCGGAUCGCAAAGUCGGAAGUUACCGGGCAGGCGCAGAAGGAAGCCAUAGAAAUCAACAAGUCGCUGACCGCUUUGGGCGACGUGAUUGAAGCGCUCACGAGUCAGCCGGCCGGAAAAAAAUUCAACCCGUCUCUCGUGCCGUACAGGAAUCACUCCUUAACGCAGCUGAUGCAGGACUCGCUGGGCGGCAGUUCGAAAACCUUGAUGUUUAUGAAUUGCUCGCCCGCCAGCUCAAACGUCGACGAAACCAUGAAUUCCUUGAAGUACGCCGAACGGGCGAAAAAAGUCACAAAUACUGUGAAGAAAAAGUAAAGGGCGUUUAUGGCUAUAUUUAGAUGAAUAUGAAAAAAGUAAUUCCUAUUUGACUUUUGGACUCUGUCUAACUAAAGUACAUCGCUUUCUAGUACGUAUGUGAUCACCAUCAUGUCUGUAGCAGCUACUGCUCUACGCAAAGUAUCGACCGGCAGUCCUCGCUACGUUUUUAUUCUGUGCUGACCGUAUUGACUGUGAUGACGACUACGGGCAUCUAGUACUUAAUGGUCGUUCAUACUCAGCGCUAUCCACUCGAGUUGCGGCUCCAUGAUGGAGCUUUCUGAUUGCAAAAUGCCCAUAGGUCUUUCUGCCCUAUGGAUGUAUGAUCAUGAUGUAGUUGUUGGCGCGCAAUUUUCAAACCUAGCGCACCACCAUAUUUUGAUUGGUUUUUCUUCGACAUCGACCUCUUGCGUAAGAACUGAAAACGCAAGCAGUACGGCGCACGCACAUCAACCAAGAGGGUAAAAUCCAGAUUGGAAUAAAAAAGGCUUAUAUUUCUUCGCCGGUGUUGAUUACGCUAUGAAACGCGAAGAUUUCUGGUCGUGUUGAAGAUCGUUGCUUGACGUACUAGAGUUG